UCGAAUCGGGUGUCGGCCAUUGUCGGGAAUCGGCCAUUGCUAUUGCUUUUACGAGCGGUUUCAUAUUUAGCAUAUUUCUUUGUUAACGCUAUAGUAAGCAACAAUGCUUGAGAAUUGAGUAUUAAAAAUCGUAAAUUGCUUGAAUCAAAUUGUUAUUGAUAUUAGAGGAACAAAAUGUUUGGGCUUUGUCUCUCUAUUUUAAGCUGGGUAGGGCUCAGCCCUGUCCCUUUUCUUGCUAAUAUCCUGAAUACCACUGAGCCAGCUCUGAGACUAUUGAUAUCAAUUUUAUUGGGUUAUCCUUUGGGUAUUAUUUACCAUAAGUAUGUACGAAAAUACCCUGAAUAUAGAAACUUGUAUUUUGUUAUUACUGGAGUAGACAUUGCUUUGUACAAUUUUGGAAAAGCUAUAAUACACAACACAGUACCAGCUCUGAUGAUGUACUUUACUACAAGUAUGUUUGGACCGGAUAAAUUGAAUGUGAUUAUCACAUUUGUUUUCAACAUGACAUAUCUUGUUGUUGGUUACAUGAUGACUGAAUCAGAAAACUAUGAUAUCACAUGGACAAUGCCUCACUGUGUGUUAACAUUGAAGCUCAUUGCCUUAUCUUUCGAUCUAUGGGACGGACAAAAGCUUUUGAAAAGUGUAGAAAUAUCAGAAAAUAGUAAAAAAACAGCACUCCGAGACAAUCCUACAUUAAUGGAACUAAUUGGGUUUGUGUACUUCCCAGCUUGCUUUCUUGUUGGACCUAUAUUCUCAUUUAAGAGAUAUUCUGACUUUUUGUCGGAGAGAUUCCCAUUAGAUAAGGAAAUAGUGAAUACAAAGCAUAUAUAUGAGAGCAAAGCUAUGAAGAGGCUGUUACAAGGCAUAGCAUACUUAGCAGCAUUUCAAGUUGGAGGGUCCGUCUUUAAUGUGAAAUACAUGCUAUCAGAUGAGUUUUGGGAGACAUCAAUAUUUUACAGACACUUUUACUGUGGAUUGUGGGCCCACUUUGCACUGUACAAAUAUAUCUCCUGUUGGCUGCUAACUGAAGCAUCCUGCAUCAGAAUUGGUAUUUCAUAUAAUCGUGCGGAUGAAACACCUGGCAAGUUAUCAAAUUGGGACGGCUGUAGUAACAUCAAAUUACUCUGCUUUGAAGGUGCAACGAAAUUCCAGCAUUACAUUGACAGCUUCAAUUGUAAUACAAACCAUUUUGCUGCAGAGUACAUAUAUAAACGUCUCAAGUUCUUGGGCAACCGUAAUCUGAGUCAACUGUUCACUCUGUUCUUCUUAGCUCUGUGGCAUGGCACUCGAUCAGGUUACUAUGUUACCUUUUUCAAUGAAUUCAUUAUCAUUUAUAUGGAAAAGGAAUUUGAAAGUAUUAUAAGCAAAACUGCGAUUUACCAAGAAAUGUGGCAGAAUAAAUUUGCCAGUUAUGUUUUAUACAUUAUUCUGAAAACAUAUACAAUUGUUUUUAUGGGAUGGAGCUUGGUUCCUUUCGAUGUUAAAGUAAUAUCGAAAUGGUGGUCUAUAUAUUCCAGUCUCUAUUUUUCUGGUUUCCUUAUUUUCUUGCCGUGGGGUUUUGCUUAUAAACCCCUACUGAUAUGGUCUCUAAAAUAUUUUAAUGUUAGAAAAGUUACAAAAACUGAAUAAACAAUUAUGUUAAUGAAAUACCAAAAAUUAAAUAAAAUGUAUAAAUUAUCUAUAUAAUGUACAAGAGUUAUUUUGCUCUAUUUAAUGUAAUGUGAUAAUAUUCAAUGAAUUUACUUUGAACUUGAAAAAAUUAUGGCUACUGAAUAUCUUUAUUAUUUGUUAUAUAUUUUUUGUAUUAUUAAGACAUUAGGCACGUUCGUAUGUAUGAGUUUCCUUUUUGGUAAUAGUAGAAAUUGUACCACAUUUUAUUAGAACAUUUUUGUCUAAUAAUUAAUGUGCUAUAUUAAAUAAUGUUGUUACUUAUAUUAUCGUACAAUUAAAUGCAAGUUAAUGAAGUCAUUUUUGUAGUAUUGCAUAGUGUUUUAAUAGUUAAUUGUUUUUUUAUUUUAAUGUCAUAUUUAUGAAAAAAAAUAUACGCGUGAAAUUAUACAC